AUGCCUAAGCUCAGCAGUCGAGGUAAGACACUGAGACCGGAAGACUUCAAAUAUUACUUGAAUGACAUCGUGAAUCUCGGGUGCUACAAAGCGAUCAACCGGGCUGGAUCCACCGAAGAUGAAGUUGAUGCCUUUUACACUGGAUUUCUGGCUGACGUCUUUUUGAAGAAGAACGGCUGGGUAAUUCAUGCGCAAACCAGGGCUGGCCGCACACUGGUGAAGAUCGAUGUCAGGGUCCGUUGGGUCCGCCUCCAGGGUGCUCAGACGGCAGUCAUUCUCUGGGAGAACAAAAGACGCGAGCUCGAAAGCGAUUCCUCUGUUUGGGCGGAGGCUUUGGAGCAAGUGGUCGAAUACGCUGACGCUGUCCGUUGCAAUGGUCCUGAACAAGACGCCUCGAAACCGCUCUACCUCACCGUCAACGUCGGUACCUACCUCCGAUUUUAUGAGCUUCCUGGCUUGUCAAAUGUGGCAAAGGACUGGGCACCCGCAAAGGGUAAAUUGUAUGAGUUGGCAGAUGACGAGGAAGCUGUGUGGAAGCUCUGGAACCGCCUUCGACGAGACAUCGGCAGUGCGGCUGGUGGAAAGCGACAUCUCGAAGAUGAAAGGAUGAAAGGAUGGAUGGCUAAGCUCGACGCGGACAGCGUGGCCACACGCAAGGAAACCCUAUAG